CUACACCUGAGAAGUCAGGACAUGCUCCACACAUUCAAAUGACCCUGCAAAUCAGGAAUUCUCACAGGCAAAUGUAGUCACAAAUCUGGCUCUUUCUGUGUGAACCUUCUUUAAAAUUACCUACUAAAAAAGGGUGGUGAGUUGGUAAGAAGCUGAGCACUGGGUCUCUAUUUAAAUAGAAUGAAAAGUUAACUCAGAGAGGUCACCCACCACUGGGAUAAGGCUCUGUUUGAAUUAAGCAAUCUAAUUGCAAGGCACAUCUAAUGAAAGUCUUCCAAAAUCAACAGUCAGGCCUGCACAGACAGCAAGGAACAUCACAAGGGCUGGAGUGAGUGAAGAAACCCUUGUGUAGUUGCUGAGAAGAAAAAACAACACAUCCUAUUUGCUUCCUGCAUUCACUCUCCCAGCAAUGUUCCCUGUUUCAUCUUUUAUCUUCUAUUAAAAUAAAACGUAAAAAGAAGCUGAGUUUAAUUCAAUUCCAUUAGAUGCACAUCACUGACAUCUGCUGGAUAAAGUCAUCACUCAUGUCCCACUCCAACAUGAUUUUGCCUGUCCUCAAUGGGAGGCCCCCAAUUUGAAAAGAAAUAGAAUGAUUUUAUUCAUUCUAUUUUAAUCAUUCAUUAAGGUUCACAGCAGAGAACAUUGUUAUAAUUAGGAAGUUCCUGCUGUACAACACCAAUCCCCUUGAUCUGCUGUAACUUUAUCUGAAGAAUUCUACCCAAGACACAGAGAACGUGUUAAACACUGAAGUUGUGAAGAAAAAGCAAACAAAUGAAGCUGCACUGCAACACUUUCCAACAAGGCUGCACACGAGGUCAGUACCCCACAACAAACACAGCAUGCCAACCCUCAAGGUGAGAGCAGCAUGAACGAGAGGUUAUGCUCAUUAAGAACAAAUAACUGAUUAAUGAUUGCUGUUCCCAGUUAAUAAUUAGCCCUCUGCCGAUCUGGGCUGGCCCCUGUGUGUCCAUAAAGAGCAUCCCCGAGGGCAGGGGCAGCCCUUGCUGUGUCCCACCAUGGCAUUCGCUGGCACCUGGCACAUCUACGCUCAGGAGAACCUCGAGGCCUUCCUCAAGGCUCUGGGGUUGCCAGAUGACACCAUCAAAAUGGCCAAAGACAUUAAGCCUGUUGUUGAAAUACAACAAAAAGGCAACGACUUUGUUGUGACAUCCAAAACACCCCACAAAUCUGUAACCAACUCAUUUACACUGGGCAAGGAGGCUGACAUCACCACCAUGGAUGGCAGGAAGCUGAAGUGCACUGUGAACUUGGUCAAUGGGAAGCUGGUGUGCAAAUCAGAUAAAUUCUCUCACGAGCAGGAAGUAAAAGGAAAUGAAAUGGUGGAGACUAUAACAUACGGUGGAGUAACACUUGUCAGAAGAGGCAAGAAAGCCUAAAGACAGAUCCUCCUGUGUGACACCUUUCCAUACCUGAAAUAAAGUGCACUUUCCACAAGG